AUGAGGAUUGGCUGUCUUCAAUUUGCGCCAGAGGUUGGCGAUAUUGAUAACAAUCUCAAUCGCGCUGAUUCGGUUUUAAACCGCGCGAAUCGAAAUGAACUCGAAAGCCUUGACCUGCUGGUGCUUCCCGAGAUGGCUUUUACUGGUUAUAAUUUCGAAUCACUAGAGGAGAUCCAGCCUUACCUUGAGCCGAAAGGCGCAGGGAUAUCGGCACUCUGGGCCAGGACUACCGCACUCAAGUACGACUGCAAGGUUGCUCUGGGUUACCCGGAGUCCAGCACAGACUGGAGUGGCCCAGUACGACAUUUUAAUUCACUGCUGCUCGUCAAUGAGGAUGGUGAGACCUUGGCAAACUACAGAAAGCAGCAUCUUUACUACACGGACGAGACAUGGUGUAAGGAGGGGACUGGCGGCUUUUUCCAGGGCGAGGUGGAUGGCAUCGGGCAAACAGCCAUGGGGAUCUGCAUGGACAUCAAUCCCUACAAGUUCGAAAGACCUUGGCACCGGUUCGAGUUUGCAUUCCACAUCCUUGAAUCGCACGCCAAUGUCGUCAUUAUCUCCAUGGCAUGGAGCACGCUUGAGGACCGCGCCGCCUUUUGCAGCAAGCCCUAUGAGCCUGACAUGGAAACACUCGAAUACUGA